UGACAGACUACCUAAAUUAGUAAUUAAGCAAUUGGCUGUGAAUUGGCCUGACUAAAAGAUGCAUUGGCUCAAUGAUUAGCCUGCGCCUCAACAAAGAGACAUAAUACAGGCAUAAGAGUGAAGAAAAGGGUACCGAAUAGAAUGUUAUUUCGACAAGAAUCAAAUAUUGCUUCAUAAUUAUAUUUCAAAAUAAUAAUAAUAAUAAUCAACAGUCAUGCAUUGUACUCAGAGGUUUGUAAAAUGUUAUAGGGACAAGAACCAAAAUACCGCUACAUAAUAAUAUUGUAAAAAGAGAAACUAUUCAACUAAUCAUCCAUUGUACUCGGAUUUUUGUAAGUGAGUUGAUAAAGGAGAUUAAGAAGAACACCGCUUAGUGAUGCCUUGGAAAAUCUUUGAACUUUCGCAAACGUACUGUACAUUAAACAAAUCCUUCUCACCCAUGUUAUUAUACUCGAAACUUCUCUGAUAAUAUUAGAAGGAAACAGAGGAAUCUCUUCGUGAUGUCUGGGUCACAUGGAGCAAAUAAGCCGCAGAAGAGGAAAAAGGAUGAAUCUGAUAAUGGUUACAGAGAGGACAAGCAGAGGAACCAUAGACAUUCUCCCGAUAAAAGAAAGUGCAUUUCGCCUUCAGUCAGUUCUGAAAAGUGUUUUGCCGUGCAUCCUCGUAACAAGUACAAUACGUCAGCUCCAGCUCUGAGGAAACCGAUGUCUGUUGGAGAUUUCUGCUUGGAUGAGAAUCGAAUGUUUUGCCACGAUAAAAGAAACCUUCAUUUUAUCAAUGUUAAUUGGCAAGAGUCUAAGAAGGUUGAUUUCGACCUUAAUAUUGCAAUGGAUAAAAUGAUCAAAAAGAACUUUCAAGAAACGCGAAAAGAAAAACUUGACCGUCUCCUUCAGUGGAUUCUUCAGGAUAAAUACAAAUUCCACACGAGAGAUUCGGAAGGCAAGCCAUUACAGUGCUUGUCCACAGAUUUUGUCUGUUUCCGAGGCCUACUAACGGAGUUACUGUGCACACCAUAUGAGGGCAGAGAGGGAUGGAUCAUUUGUGCAACCAAGUACCGUGGGACAAUAUAUCUCUGUGCUUAUGAGACACCAGAAAAACUUGCACAUCGUGAGAAUGAGACAGAGGUACAGAAAAAGAUGUGUUCGUGGGGCUACAAAUUUGAACAUUUCAUGACAGAGGGUACCAAUGUAAAUGAAGGAAUAAAUGAAAAUGAGGAGUACUGCUGUGUUGUGCGCUCUCGUUUGGAUAACCAUUCUUUGGUUUAUGGAGCUGAAGUAGAUGGUGCUGAUCCAGAAAAGUAUAAAAGCCCACACUCUGACCUUAGUGCUUUUGUGGAACUCAAGACAAGUAAAGAAUUAAACACUGACAGAGAUGUAAGAUCACUCUACAAAUUCAAACUAAUGAAAUGGUGGAGUCAGUCAUACCUAGUAGGAAUACCACGAGUUGUGGCAGGGUUCAGAGACAUGGACGGACAUGUGCACACUCUAAAGACUUACCAUGUUACUGAAAUGCCACACAUAGCUCAGGAUCACUGGCAAGACAAUAUAAUGCUGAACUUCCUCAAUCAGUUCUUGAGCUAUGUCAAAAAGAAUGUUCAGAAGGAUGACCCAAGGAUUGUCUACAAGUUUGAAAGACAGAAGCAGGGAGGAGACAUCUCCUGCACUUACCUUGGUCAAGAUCCUGCUUGGACAUUUCUACCAAAGUGGUACUAUGAGAAAAUAUUCCAGCCAGAGGAUAAUUCAGAAUAGGCUUAUUGUAAAUUAGGGAGGAUUUUUAUAUUUUAUAGUUUGUAUAAUAGGUAAUUUAAAAGAUGUUUGAAAUAUAUUUUAUACUAUUGUGGUCUGGUUUGUAUUCCUGAUACUGCAUAUAAGACAGCUUAUAUGACUGUUUAAGUAACCCUGGGUAUAUGUAGAUAUAUCCUCAUAUUAAUAUUAUCUUGAGGGUCUUGCAAGGUAUUAAAGAUAUUUCUUAUCUCAAGAAUAAUUUGCAUAAUUGUGUAAUUUUAUUUUAUUAUACUAUUUAUGGUUAUUUAUAUGUUUGAAGUAAAGUCUAAAAACAAGAUAAAAGAUUUUCUUCAUGGUAUAUUUGUUAACUGACAAAAUAC